UCGGCAGUUGCCCUGAAACAAAUUCUCAGUAAGUGCCGGUAACUGCAGGAAGAAGAGAGAGGGGGAAGAGAGAGAGCAAAGGCAUCAAGGGGGAGAUCACUCUGCGCUAAAAGGGUACAGAACUUGUUUGCCUUUCUCUCAAAGAUUGUAAGGUCUAAUCCCACCAGACAAUAUCAACCACCCUUUUCCUCUUAUCUGUCUGCUUUCCUACUCCUUGCAGCCAUGGCACCCACUCUAGCCACGGCAUUUGCCCGCCGCUGGUGGAUGGCGGUAACGGCCAUCAUUGAAAAUCUGCUCUUCUCCGCCGUUCUGCUGGGCUGGGGUUCCUUACUCAUCAUGCUGAAGUCUGAAGGCUUCUAUUCAUACCUCUGCACAGAUCCAGGAAACAGUUCGACGGCAAACUUCUCCUUACCAGCUGUGCCUUCAUCACUGUCGAAUGAUGCAGAAUAUGAAUAUGACGAGUUCCAGCCUGCCCAGCAUGAUGGAGGGGUGGAGGUGGUCCCUCUGAAACAUCCGGAGGAACACCUGAGGAUGAACGGCUGGCUCAUCUGUAAAGAACAGGAUGAGAUGCUGAAUCUGGCAUUUACCGUGGGCUCCUUCCUCCUCAGCGCCAUCACACUCCCUCUCGGAAUUGUCAUGGACAAAUACGGUCCACGCAAACUCCGCCUGCUUGGAAGUGCCUGCUUUGCCCUCUCGUGCCUUAUGAUCGCUUAUGGAGCCAGCAACCCAAAUGAACUAUCCGUUCUGAUCUUCAUCGCUUUGACCUUUAAUGGCUUUGGGGGAAUGUGUAUGACCUUCACUUCACUUACGCUGCCCAACAUGUUUGGUGACCUGCGUGCCACCUUCAUCGCACUCAUGAUCGGCUCGUAUGCUUCCUCGGCUGUAACCUUUCCUGGGGUCAAGGUGAUCUAUGACAUUGGUGUGACCUUCAUCACGAUUCUGGUGGUCUGGGCAGGCUGUGCAGGCCUCGUCUUCAUCAACUGCUUCUUUAACUGGCCCCUGGAGCCAUUCCCUGGACCCGAGGACAUGGACUACACUGUCAAGAUCAAGUUCAGUUGGCUGGGAUUUGACCAUAAGAUUACAGGAAAGCAGUUUUAUAAUCAAGUGACGACAGUGGGCAAGCGUCUUAGCGUGGAUAACAGUCAGAAACAGAAACUUGCCAAGGAGGGUCAGAAACUUUGUCUGUCCACCAUGGACCUGGAACUGCAUUGUGAGCCCAAGGAGGAAACCCAGUCAUUCAUGAAAAGUAUUUUUAGCCCUCUAUUCAUGUUGAGUCUGGUGACCAUGUGUGUAACUCAGCUGCGUCUCAUCUUCUACAUGGGAGCCAUGAACAACAUCUUGGAGGCCCUCAGCGGAGGAGAUCUCAACACAGUAAGCCUCUACACCUCCAUUUUUGGCGUGAUGCAACUCUUGUGCUUGAUGACGACGCCGGUCAUCGGUCAGAUCAUGGACUGGAAGCUGAAAGAAUGUGAUGAUGGAGAAACCGAUGAAAAAGAACCCAACAAGGAUGAACCCCAGCCCAAACGCAGAGACAGACAGAUUCAGAAAGUCACCAAUGCCACACGUGCCUUCAUCUUCACCAACAUCCUCCUCGUCGGCUUUGGCAUCACCUGCCUAAUUCCUAAUCUCCCGCUUCAGAUGCUCUCAUUUGUCCUUCACACCAUCGUCAGAGGCUUCAUCCACUCCGCCAUCGGAGGACUUUACGCAGCUGUGUACCCAUCAUCACAGUUUGGCAGUCUGACUGGUAUGCAGUCAUUGGUUAGCGCUCUGUUCGCUCUGCUGCAGCAGCCUUUGUUCAUGGCCAUGAUGGGACCACUGAAGGGAGACCCACUCUGGGUGAAUGUUGGUCUGCUGGUUCUCAGUAUGCUGGGCUUCUUGUUACCGCUCUACCUGCUGUACUUCAGGAGAACUCUGCACAAAAAGAGGAAGGAGAAAGAAAAUGAUGCUAAAAUCUAUUUGAAAAUCAACGGCAGUGAUGUACCAGAGGCAUUUGUGUAAAAAAAAGAAAGAAAAAGAAGCAGAUAAAGGGAAAAACAAAGGCAUGAGAAUAUCAUCACAGCUACACAAAAACACAUACACUCAGUGACGAUUAAACACUAUUGUGUGUCUCUUUCUUAGAGGCUUAUUGAGUAACUCAAUGGAUGAAAAGAGGAAUGAGAGAGACAGAAAGCAACAUGGAAAAAAUGGUAUUCCUCCUCUUUGCCAUUUUAAUUCACAAACUUUCAAAGAUAUUUUAUAUUACGCAUUUAUACAUGUGAUAAAUUUUCCACCCUGACUGUCUCUCCUUAAUGUAAACCAGGGACAUUUCAGUAUACUGUAUAUUAGUAUAUGGUUUUUAUAUACGCUGUUUAUGCCAACUGGACGUUUUUGAGGAAGACCGAGGCCAGCCUGGCCCGCACAGAUAGCGUAAUGAUGCCAGUUGGCUGUUUUGCCCAGAAACACAGCCAAACACCCCAUUCACUUAACCAACCAUCACAAGAGAUUUCAAUGUAAACUAGUAUAGCCCCAUUUUUUUUUACUUUUGAUUUUUAACUGUAAUAAUAGUGGUGCAAUGUAAUUGCAUUCAAGAAAGAACACUUUUAAGAACAUUAUUCAUUCAUAAUGAUACACAAAGUGCCUUUUUUUUUUUAAAAUAAUGUUGUAUUUAUGAAAAGGAUUUGAUCACUUUUGAUCAUAGGUACUUUAUGAAAGCCACAAUUUAUGUAUGUCGAUUUGUAUAUACGUUUUUACACUACAUGCACAUGAGAUGCAUACAUAAAAGUGGCUGGACUGAACUGCUAAUGAUCUGCAGUGAGUGACUGAUCUGCGAGGUGAUGGCUGAAAGCUGAGGCGCAGAUGUCAGGGCAACAACAGCACUUUUAACACAUGUCCCAUAAAACCCUUCAUGACCCAUAAUUCCCUUUUUCUGUCUUUCUUUAACAUUCUGUGAUUUUUCAGAGUGUGUUGAGUCAUUUAUGUGUCACUGAUCAUUAGAUCAAGUUAUCAUGGACCUCUGAAGUAAAAUAUCAUAUAGAAAGCACAACUUAACUCACAAACGUGCCUUUUUGUGCAGUUUACAGUGCAGUUAGUAAAGCUGAUGAUAGCUGACGGGAAGACUGGAGCCACAGAUUCUGUGGAAAUGUUUUGGUGUUGUGUGUAAUGUAUUUAUUUCUUAACAGACACUAUGGACAAUGCAGCCUUACUUGCAAAGGUUGUUAUAUUAACUUACAUCUCAGUGUUGCAGUGGCUGUUUGUUUGUUUGUUUGUUUGUUUGUUUUUCAAAAAAACCUUCAUGUAUUGUUCUGUAUGGCAUUACUGUUGAGGAUUAUAUUCAAUAAAGAAAUACAUGAG